AUGUUUGAGUUCUUCUGCAAGAACACCACGAUCCACGGCACCAUCCGCCUGGUGUGCUCCGGCAGGAACCGCACGAAGACGGCGUUCUGGACGCUGCUGCUGCUGGCCAGCCUGGGCAUGCUCCUGGGAAAGGCCUCCUUGGAAAAGGCCAUCUGGGAAAGGGUUCUUUGGAAAAGGCCGUUUGGGAAAGGUUUCUUUGGAAAAGGCCGAGAAGCAGCAGCUGAGGAAGGGCUGAUCGAGUUCUACAGCUCCUACAAGGAGAUGUUUGAGUUCUUCUGCAAGAACACCACGAUCCACGGCACCAUCCGCCUGGUGUGCUCCGGCAGGAACCGCAUGAAGACGGCGUUCUGGACGCUGCUGCUGCUGGCCAGCCUGGGCAUGCUCUACUGGCAGUUUGCCCUCAUGUUCAGCCAGUUCUGGGCCUACCCCGUGGUGCUCACCAUGUCCAUGGACUCCGAGCCCAAAAUGUUCCCGGCCGUCACCAUCUGCAACCUGGAUCCCUACAGGUUUGAGCUGGUCAGUGAGCAGCUGGAGCAGCUGGAGCUCAUGGCCGAGGAGUCGCUGACCUUCCUGUACGGCCCCAAGGCCUCGGCCAGGCUGUCCCACCUGAGGGACAGGGACAGGGACAGGAACAAGGACAUAACCAUCCGUGUCCAGGCCUGGGCCAACCUCAGCAGCGCUGGCUUCAGGCUCAGCCACAACUUCUCCCUGGUCAGGAUGUGGGACCCCAGGGCAGGCAAAAAACAUUCCAGAGUGGGAUUCCGGCUGUGCAAUUCCACAGGCGGGAAUUGCUUCUACAACUCGCACCCGUCGGGCAUGGACGCCCUGCUGGAGUGGUACCGCUUCCACUACAUGAACGUCAUGGCCCAGCUGCCCCCGGCGCUGGCCCAGCACCAGCAGCACUUCCAGGACCUGGUCUACUCCUGCCAGUAUGAUGGGGAGCCCUGCAGGCCCAGUGAUUAUGUUCACUUCCACCACCCAGUUUUUGGGAGCUGCUACACUUUCAACAGCAAGGGGACAGAUCCCUUCUGGGCAGCCACAAAACCAGGAAUUCCUUAUGGGCUGUCCCUGAUCCUGCGGGCCGAGCAGAAGGAGCACAUCCCGCUGCUGUCCACCGUGGCCGGGGUGAAGGUGAUGAUCCACAGCCACAACCAGACGCCGUUCCUGGAGCACGAGGGCUUCCACAUCCGCCCGGGCAUCGCCACCACCAUCGGCAUCCGCCAGGACCAGGUGAAUCGCCUGGGUGGCAACUACGGCAGGUGCACCACGGACGGGGCCGACGUGGCCGUGGAGCUGCUCUACAACAACUCCUACACCCUGCAGGCCUGCCUGCACUCGUGUUUCCAGCGGGCCAUGCUGCGGCGCUGUGGCUGCGGUUAUUUCUAUUACCCGCUGCCCGCCGGAGCGCGCUACUGCGACUACAGCCGCCAGCCCGCCUGGGGGCACUGCUUUUACCAGCUCUACUCCCGGCUCAGGAAUCACCGCCUGGAUUGUUUCCAGCACUGCCCCAAACCCUGCAGGGAAUCCCUGUACAAGGUCUCAGCUGGCACAGCCAAGUGGCCCUCGGCAAAAUCCCAGGACUGGGUGCGCCAGGCUCUGCGGCACCAGAACGGCUACAACUCCAGCAGCAGCAGGAGGGACAUUGCCAAGGUCACCAUCUUCUACCGGCAGCUGAGCUCGCAGGCUGUGCACGAGGCCCCGCUGCUCUCAGAGAACCUGCUGCUGUCCAGCAUGGGCAGCCAGUGGAGCCUCUGGUUCGGCUCCUCGGUGCUCUCGGUGGUGGAGAUGCUGGAGCUGCUCCUGGACACCCUGGUGCUGUCCCUGCUCUUCUGCUUCCAGAGGCUCCGCGCCCGGGGGGGCUCCAGGGGCUCCAGCCCCUCCCCAGACCUCAGCCUGGCCCUGGAAAAUUCCAGGGAAUUUCAGGAGGGAGCCCAAGGCUCAGGAUUGGGGCAGCCGCAGCUCCCGGUGGGGAACAGGCAGGAGCUGGGACACAGCUGAGGGGCUGGAAUUCCCAAAUUCUGGGGGAAAAGUGACAGGGAUGUCCUGGAUCCACAGCUGAGGGGCUGGAAUUCCCAAAUUCUGGGGGAAAAGUGACAGGGAUGUCCUGGAUCCACAGCUGAGUGUGGCAGUGCUUGGAAUUCACCUGGGCUGUGAUCCCAGCUGGAAUUCCCAAAAAGCUCCUGGAAUUCCCAAACUCCUCUGGGCUUUAAUUCCAGCUGGAAUUCCCAGAAACCUCCUGGAAUUCUGAAAAACCUCCUGCCCUUGGAGCUCUGAUCCAUGCUGGAAUUCCCAAACUCCUCCG